GAUGAAAUCAUAAAUAGCACAACGUCCCCGCUGAACCAGUCCGAGUUUGUUACCGUGAAACCAGCAUGGCUCUUGCUGUGGCGCACCUGAAACAACAGCAACCGAAUCAUGUACGCGCCUCAGCUAGCUUAGGGUCGACAGCGCGGCCAGUGCUGCUCGGCCUGCAUGGCAAUAAAGCAUGGCCCUGGCCCAGAAGUGUGCGCGCGGCGAAUGCCGCGACGCCGGGUGGCUCGCUGGUCGAGGGGCACCCCACAUCACCACCAGCACCCUCUAGCGGCGUCGUUUCGACACUGUCGUCGGUAGUUGACGGCCAGGCGGCAACACCCAUCGUGCAGUCCCCACCUUCGAAUGCCGCUAGCAACCAACUGGAGUCCGUGGACGACAUGGCUGCCUUUGUGGAGCGGACGCGGCUGGAGGAGGAGACGAUGCGCCGGAAGCGCGAGGAGGUGGAGCUGCAGUUGCUGCGCAUGCGGCAGCAGGAGGCGGUGCGGCGGCAGCAGGCCAUCCGGCUCAAACUAGCCACCGAACGAGCCAACGCAGCCGUGCUGGCACAGGCCGGAGGUGGCGGUAGCGGCAGCGGCACGGCGUCGCCAAGCGGCACGGGGUCACCCAGCGCCAGUGCCGCGGACAUCUCAGCCCCGCCGCCACCAGGGCCUACGGCAUCGGCGGCAGGCGCUGACGGUGGCGGCGGCAUGGGAUUGAGUGCGGGCGUGGGCCCCAGUGGAGGGAUGGCGGGCGCCGCCACGGGGCCGCCCAAGAAGAAGCUGAUGCUCAAGCGCUCCAAGCGUAUGAGCGCAGUGGCGGCGGCGGCAGGGUUUAACAGGGUCACCCCCACCACCUCGCAGCCCCCCCUGGGUGCCGCCACCGCCCCCAGCUCCAGCUCCAGCUACUUCGCCCCCGGCACCACCAGCGCCGCCGCCAGCACCAGCAUGCGGCCGCCCUCGCGCUCGGGAUCGCCCGCAGGCCGCAGUGGCGCCGCCGGCAGCGGCGCCGCCGCCCCGGUUGCGCUGCUCAGUCGCGAGGACCUGAUCCAGAAGAGCAAGCAGGACCAGGCGCGGGCGGCGCUGAACCCGGACGGCGCGGAGGCGGACGGCGCCGGCGGCGUGCUGCUCGCCGGCGGCGGCACCGAAAGCGACUGUGACCUGGCGGAGGAGGUGGUGGUGCCCAAGCCCAUCUUCAUUAUCAGUGAUUGUACGGGUGAGAGCGCCGCGCGCACGGUCCGCGCCGCGCUGAACCAGUUCGAGGCGCGCUGCCGCACCCAGGCGCCGGCGCAGAUCAUGAUCUUCCGCUUCGUGGAGCAGACGGACCGGAUGAUGGACAUCAUACGAGAGGCCCACAAGGAGGACGCCCUGGUGGUGUACACGCUGGUGGACCCCAAGGCCGUCAAGGCGGUCCAGACGGCCUGCAAGCUGCAGGGGGUGCGCUACGUGGACCUGUGGAGCGAGCUGCUGGACAACAUGGAGGUGCACCUCAACGCAGUGCGCAGCGGUGUGCCUGCCACGCUGGCGGAGACGCUGCGCAAGCCCAAGGCCAACCUGACGGAGGAGUACUUCAAGAUGAUUGAGGCGGUGGAGUACACCCGCAAGCUGGAUGACGGCGCGCACCCGCAGGAGUGGCGCAACGCGGACCUGCUGAUCCUCGGGGUGUCGCGCUGCGGCAAGACGCCGCUGUCCAUCUACCUUGGUCAGCGCGGGUACAAGGUGGCGAACCUGCCGCUCAUCCCCAACUGCCCGGUGCCGAAGGAGCUGUUCGAGAUCGACCAGAGCCGUGUGGUGGGGCUCAUCAUCGACCCGCACGUGCUUGCGUCCAUCCGCCGCAACCGAGUCAGCCUCAUGGGCGUGUCGCGCGCGCAGUCUAUCGACUACGCCGAGGUCCAGAAAAUCAACUCGGAGCUGGAGUGGGCUCGCAAGCUGUAUAACGCGCACCCUGAGUGGCCCGUCAUUGAUGUGACCCUGCGCGGCAUCGAGGAGACCGCUGCGCGCAUUCUCAAGCUCCUCAACGACCGCCGCGGCACCACCUCGCCCCAGUGGGUGGAUGCCAUACACGCCAAGUCCGCGGCACCACCGGCCGCUGGCGCCGGCCCUGGCGCGGCGGCGGCUCAGGGCGGCGCAACGGCGCGUGGGCCCGUGGACGGCGAGGUGGUCCCGGGCGCGCCUGCCAGCAUCCCCGAGCUCAUUUAUGGAGCCAUGUCCGAGUCCAGUUUUAUGAUGCAGGGGCUGUACUGAUUGCGGUGGUGCUUGCUCUCUAUGAUAAGGAAGGUGCUGCUAGGUAGGAGUGGAUGGGAUGCGAGUUCAACAUGAUAGCAGAAGCAGGGGUAGGCAGAAGGGGGUUACAUUACGAAGCAGUCGAAGAUGAGCCACCGUGAUCCAGGGGAACGCUGCACUUGCAGGUUUGGGUUGGGCCCCACGAGACAUCAAGUACACAGCGGGAGGCGCUUCCAGGCUUGAUGCCUGCGUGAGGUCUUGGUGACGCCCGUGACGGUGUGUGGUGCAGGUUUUGCAUGCAAGUGUGCUGAAGGUGUGAGGCAGGGCCGUAGAGGUGUUGUGGCGUGUUUAUAUUCGGUCACCAAAGUGCUUGCUCGUGAAUGCAUAUUCCAGAUGCCGGUCGCAUGGAAUGGCAUGGCGUGCGAGAGACGCAAAUCAGGCUGUGUGUAGCUCUGUGUAGCUUGACAACGGGUGCCGCUUGUAAGUUGGUUGCCUUGUCCAGGCGUGUAUUCCCGUUUGUCUGCACUUUGACGUUCCUCAAUGGGUCUGCAAGCGCGCUUCCCAUGUAGCUGCUAUUGCAGGUAGUUGGUGGCGAUGGCAAGCUGCAGCG